CCCUGGGUCCCUGAUCUGACUGCUUAUUCUUUUUCCUUCCAGCUUCACCAUCCGUCCAGCAAUGUCACAGCAGAAACAGCGACCUUGUGAGCUUCCAGAUGCUCCCAAAUGCUCCCCUCCCCAGUGCCCAAACCCUGGCUUUGCCCCUUGCUGCUCCACUUGUUCAGGAGGCUAUUGUCUACAUUCCCAAAGGUCUGGGGCUCAGAGCCCAGGCCGGCCUAGAAGGACUCGCCGGAAGCCCCGCUGCCUCCGUGGUGGCACCAUCUACCACUGCAAAGAGGAAGAGUGUUAA